UUUAGUUCGUUCAGUUAAAGUACACUAUUUACUAAAAUUCUAAAGCCCCCAAUAUCGAAUUCCUCUUAGCCUGUAUAAGUUUAGUUGAUUCUUAUGAAGAAAGAAGUUUAAAAACUUUAUCUUUUAAACGUUUCUCAAUUUUCCAAUCAAACAUUCAUCCAAUGCCGUACACGGUUUCAAAGCGGCACGCAUAGCCGCGUUGGAUCGGUAACAGCUAAGAAAAGAGGAGAAAACGAGUGAAAGACAGUAAUUUCUGUCUUUAUGAUAAAAGUUAAAAUCAAGAAUUACCGAAUAAUGAUUAAAUAACGUAUGAAAUAUUUGAUUGGCCUUUCCGAAAAGUUGGGUAUAUAGCGGAUGUUUGAAAUCGCCGCUUUGAAGGAAUACACAAUUUAUCACGUGACUUCAUUAUGGAAAAUGGCGGCCUCCAAAUUUACAAACAUGGAUUCUUAUUCGCGUAAAUCUGAGGCCAUGAGCACGUGUGUUUGUUUACAUUUGCAUAACUGACAUUUUGAGGUGUCAGUCACCUCAAUUCGCUGUAGACAUGCCUGGCAGAGGCAGCAGAGGUCGUGGGAGGCCACCAAGGACUGCAACACCAAGAUCUGCAAAUUUUUUGAGAAAGCCAAAGGCCUUUGGAGGUGGAUUUGUUGGUGACAGUAAUUCUCGAUCGAGUACCCCUCUCAGUAUAUCCCCAGCAUCAACACCAACAAGAAAUAAAUAUGACAAAGGUAGAAGGGAUGCUGCAAGUAGGGGAAGAAGUUUUAUUCAGAAUCUUUUUGAUGAUGAUGAUGAAAUGUCGAGAGAUAGUGCUGGUGCUGGUUCUCUUGGUCCAGACAGUGAAAACCUUGACAACAUGUCAAAUCUUGAUGGAGAUUCUGAUAUCUCGUACAACGAAGAUGAUGAAUCUGAUUCAGACUUUAGUGUUGAAAGUAACAGUACAUCUGGUAAAAGACGAGUUGUAUUUUUUCGUCGCCCCAAAAGUCCAGAAUUGUUAGAUGAUAUUGAAAUACCGCCAUUAAAUUUACCUCCAAGUUCUACUGACUUGUUAAUGCCAACUGAAUAUUUGAUGCAAUGUUUAGGAAUUUAUGAAAUUGUACGCCAUUUUAGAACCAUUGUUAGGUUAUCGCCUUUUACAUUUGAAGAUUUUUGUGCAUCAUUACUAGGUGAAGAACAAUGUAGCUUAUAUACAGAAAUACAUGUUAUGAUGAUUAAAGCUAUUCUUAGAGAAGAAGAUAGUAAUAGUACAACAUUUGGUCCAUCAGACUCCAAAGAUAGUAUCAACAUAACAUACUUUUUUAACGAUGCAAUGACAUGGCCAGAAGUUGCAAAAUCCUACUUAGAAAGUGAUAAAAACAGUUCUGAUGAUUAUCAGGAAGCAAUAGGAAUUUUAGAGUUGCCAGAUUUUCCAUUUGUUAGUGUGUCUGAUAAACUGAAAGUGCUUCAAACCCUUACAGACAUAUUCUUAACAACAAACAAAGUCCGAGAAGAGAUUCUUAAUGAAGGCAACAUUACAUAUGAUGACCAUUGUAGAGCAUGUCAUAAAUUGGGAGAUCUUCUAUGUUGUGAGACAUGCUCUGCAGUGUACCAUUUGACAUGUGUAGACCCUCCUUUAGAAGAAGUCCCAGAUGAUGAUUGGUUGUGCAGCAUCUGCAGAGCUCAUCAAGUUAAAGGUGUUACAGACUGUGUAUCAGAAGCAGAGAAAGGAGGUCUGUUAUGUAGACAAGAUCCUCUUGGUUAUGACAGACUGGGCAGAAAAUACUGGUUUCUAGUUAGAAGAAUCAUAGUGUAAGUAAUUUACUGUCAAAAAUUCAUUGUUUUGAAAAACAAGUUUUUAUGCCCAGAAGGGGGGCAUAUAGUAAUUGCACUGUCCGUUUGUCUGAUAAUCUUGUCCACGCCUCAU